GAAAAACAUCGAUCAUCGUACGCACGCACGCAGCUGACUUUUCCUCUUCAGCUACCCCAGAAGAACUGAACUUUUUUAUCUAGCAAAAUGAUAUCACUUCGAACUGAGUUGUGCAGAAUGAGAUACCGGACCUCUCCAUCUUCUACUAGUUUCCUCAGUUUUUUUAUUUCCAUUUUCUUCCUCUCUUUUGCAACUGUAGCAACCCAUGAAUUUUUGCAAAGAGGGUCUUCUUACUCAGUUGAGGCUGCAACAGACCUCCUGACCUCCCCAGACAAGUCAUUUACCUGUGGCUUCUAUGAGGUGGGAGAAAAUGCUUACUGCUUCUCUAUUUGGUUUACCAAUUCCAAGGAGAGAACCGUUGUUUGGAUGGCCAACAGAGAAAGACCCGUCAAUGGCAGAGGAUCCAGAAUUUCAUUGCAGCGAGACGGUGCAUUCGUCCUUAUCGAUGUCGACGGCUCGAAGGUGUGGGAGAUCAACACCAGCUCCGCUGGUGUUGGGAGAGCUGAGCUUUUGGAUACUGGGAACCUUGCUGUAAAAGAUCCAAAUGGUAAAAUCCUAUGGCAAAGCUUUGAUUUUCCUACUGAUACUCUUCUUCCUAACCAACCCUUCACAAAGAGCAAGAAAUUGGUUUCUACUAUAGGAAGACGAUCUUAUUAUUCUGGAUAUUUUAGUUUCUAUUUUGAUAGCGAUAACGUGUUGAGGUUGAUUUAUGAUGGGCCUGAUAUUUCAAGCUUGUAUUGGCCUAAUCCUGAUUACACACUGUUUCAAAAUGGAAGAACAAAUUAUAAUAGUAGCAGAACCGCUGUUUUAGAUGAAAUGGGUAGUUUCUUAUCCAGUGACCGGUUGCAGUUCAGUGCUACUGACAUGGGUUUUGGGGUUAAAAGGAGGCUGACAAUUGAUUAUGAUGGAAACCUUCGACUAUAUAGCUUAGACAAUUUGUCUGGAUUGUUGGUGAUUACAUGGGAAGCUCUCGCUGAGCAGUGCAACGUGCAUGGGAUAUGUGGGAGAAAUGGGAUUUGUGUUUAUACCCCACAACCCAAGUGCUCCUGUGCUCCUGGCUAUGAUAUCAUUGAUGAAAGUAAUAGGAACAAAGGUUGCAAGCCUAAGUUCAAUCAGGCCUGCAGCCAAGCUGAGAAUGUGAAAUUUGUGGAGCUUUCACAUGUAGAUUUCUAUGGAUUUGAUCUCAAUUAUAGUGAACAAAUUUCAAUCAACUCUUACAGAAAACUCUGCUUAGAGGACUGCCGUUGUGAAGCAUUUAACUAUAGGUUAACGGGGCAAGGGCUUUGUUACACAAAAAGUGCACUUUUUAAUGGCUACAGGUCCCCAGACUUUCCGGGCAGUAUAUAUCUGAAAUUGCCAGCAAAUUUGGAAACAGCAGAACCCAACAUUCUUCCUGUUGCCAGUCCAAUAUGCAAGAGCCGUGAAUCUAAAAUUUUGAUAGGGUCUGUUUCAAUGUAUAACAACAGUUCAAAGAGGAUGAGAUGGGUUUAUCUUUACUGGUUUGUUUCUACAAUUGCUGCAGUUGAAGUUCUCCUCAUAGUAUUAGGUUGGUAUUUCCUUUCUAGGGGACAUGGUGUGCCUGCUUCGUUGGAAGAUGGUUACCGUGUGAUAGCAAGUCAGUUCAGGAAGUUUAGUUAUGCUGAACUCGAAAAAGCAACCAAGAAGUUCAAGGAAGUGCAGGGGAGAGGAGUCUCGGGUGCUGUAUAUAAGGGUGUUUUGGCGGAUGAAAGGGUUAUGGCUGUGAAGAGAUUGAAAGAUAUGUCUCAAGGGGAAGACGUGUUUUGGGCAGAAUUGAGUACUAUUGGGAAAAUCCAUCACAUGAACCUUGUUAGAAUGUGGGGAUUUUGUUCAGAACAUAGGCACAGACUCAUAGUGUUUGAGUACAUAGAGAAUGGGUCAUUGGACAAGCACUUAUUCUCCUCUAAUUUUCUUGGAUGGAAAGAGAGGUUUAAAGUUGCAUUAGGAACAGCUAAGGGUUUGGCCUAUCUUCAUCAUGAAUGUCUAGAAUGGGUUAUCCAUUGUGAUGUGAAGCCUGAAAAUAUACUCCUAGGCAGUGACUUUGAACCAAAGAUUGCAGAUUUUGGGCUAGCAAAACUGUCUCAAAGGGGAAGCCCCAGCUCAGAACUCUCUCAAGUCCGAGGUACAAAAGGAUACAUGGCUCCGGAAUGGGCUUCGAAUCUUCCUAUAACAGCAAAAGUUGAUGUUUAUAGUUAUGGGGUUGUGAUUUUAGAGAUAGUGAAGGGAAUUCGGCUCUCAACUUGGGUGUUGGAGGAUGGUGAGAAGUUGUCGACGCUUAUUAGCACAGUGAAAGGGAAAAUUCGAUGCGGAGAAGACUCUUGGAUAGAUGAUAUAGUGGAUCCAAGAUUGCAAGGUCAGUUUAGCAGGAAACAGGCAGAAGCAAUUGUUCAAAUUGGCAUUUCCUGUGUGGAGGAAGAUAGAAGCAAAAGACCAACAAUGGAUUCGGUAGCCCAAGUUCUACUAGAAUGUGAAGAUGAAGAGUGAAGUCUUCAGAAAAACAGUAAUUACAGUAGCUGCAAUUCUCUUAUCUAAUCUAUUUACUUUGUCAUGUUGUGUUGUUUUGUGAUCGCAUUUCACUCCCAAAAUAAUUUUAGAAGGCGAUUUCCUAUAUGGUCUUUGCAUGCUCAUCAAGUUCAAAUUUCCCAAAUCUCUCUAGACAAGGGCCUGUUUUUUUUUUAUGAGAUUAGAGAUUUGUUUAAGUGCUUCCCUUGUCAAGAGUAAAAUAGAUUUGAACAUGUUCAAAUCUUAAGAUUUGUUAUUAUCCUUUCUAUUUAGGAAUAAUUUGAUAACGUCAGUAUUUCUUAUAUUGACAUUGAUAUUAUCACC